AUGUCUACUUCGGGCCUGCUCUAUGCAGCCUCAAGGCUCAAUUCUCCCUCGAAAACAUUAACAGAUGUCUUUAACACCUGGUAUAAUGACAUCCAUGUGCGUGAUGUCCUCAACACCUCGGGAAUCAACUCCGCAGCCCGCUAUGAAACGGCUGCAGUGCCCCAAGACAGUUCCCCAUGGACAUUCCUUGCUCUCUACCCCGUCCCAGACAUCGAGUUUCUGAACACGGAGGAGUUUACGAGCAUCCCUGUGACUAGUGAUGUUCUGCCGGGGCCAACACACAGUUGUAUGGAUAUAGCGCAUUUCGAUAUCAGGCGAUACCGCGAGGUCGGGAGACGGGAAGACCCGGAUAUGCCAGCAGGUCCAACGUCUCAUCUCCUUACUGUGGAAUUUGACUUGCCUUCACACAUUGACAAAGCCGAUGAUCAGGCUGUGAUGGAUUGGUUCUGUGGAAUAUAUAGUAAUGGCACGCCUCAGCGGGUGGCCAUUCAUGAGGUCUUCUGGGCUAUGUUGUUCCCGGACGGGAAACCAGCAGAGCCGCCGCGUUACUUGGCUUUGUUGGAACCUAAUGGUGAUGACAAUGUGUACGACGAAGCUAUCAAGAAGAUACAAUUGGUCGCAAAUGUUGCCCAGUGGAAAGUGCACAAGGUCUUUGACUGA